UACAGUUAUUGUCUAUUUAAUUAAUUAAUAAUAAUAUAUUUUAUAAUUGUGACUCACAAAACAAAACGUUUUAAAAUUAUUUUUCUUCCUUUUUUGACCAUUGUGCAUUUGUAUAGGUAUCUUCCUAAUUACUAAUUAUGUCAAAAGAAUCGAAUGUUGUUGAAACAAUAAAGACCCGAGUAAAAAAUUGUAUAUUUUGUAACUUAAUUACUGCCAAUGAUCCAAAUAUUAUUCUUGAGCCUCGAAGCGAUCAAUUUGUAAUCAUUAAAGAUAUUAAGCCAGUGGCCACUUACCAUUUCUUAGUGUUGAGUGACAAACAUAUAAAAAGCGCUAAAAGUUUACAGCCUAAUGAACAAGAUUGUAAUUUACUCAAGAGCAUGGUUGCAGCUGCUAAACAAAUAUUAUUAAACAAUGGUUGUGAUUUAAAUGACACAAGAAUGGGUUUUCAUUGGCCUCCAUUUUAUUCAAUAGGACAUAUGCAUCUUCACGUCAUCAGUCCUGUUAGUUCAAUGUCUGCUUUCAAUCGUUUUGUUGCAUUCAAUCCAAGUUUUAGUUAUGUUUUUGUCGAUGUAGAUUAUGUGCUGAAACGUAUUGGUUGCAAAGAAAAGAAUGAAAUAGAAAACACAUCUUCGGUCACGCAAAGCAAACUGUGAUACRUAUUUGACAUACCCAUCACAACAUGUUAUUUUUAAAUUAUUACUAUUUUUAUUCAAUAUUAUUAUUAUUAUUU